CAAUCAUUUAAACCUUAGGAAAAUUACCGCACGUUAUAUACCGAAAGAUCUUACUGAUUUUCAACGGGCUGAACGAGUUCGAAUAUGUAAAGAAAACUUAUCAAAAUUUCAACAAGGAACAUGGCGAUUAUGUGACAUAAUUACUGGUGACGAAUCGUGGUUUUAUCAUAAACAGAUUGGUCGAAAGACUUCAAAUGCAGCGUGGGUGAGAAGAGGAGAUCCUCCACCUACUGUAGUUCGUCAAAGUAAGUAUGCUCCAAGGACCUUAUUAGCCAUCUUUUUCAAGUCGAACGGUCCUCUGCUUAUUCAUCGUUUGGAACGAGGACAGACUAUGGACCACCGUUAUUAUAUUGAUAAUUGUUUACGUCCUCUUAUCGAUGAAAUUAAACGUCAAAGACUUUCAUGUGGAACCCAUGACAUUAAAAUUCAUCAUGACAAUGGAAAACCACAUGUUCAUAGGGAUGUGUGUACUUAUCUUGAAUCAAAAGGUUUUACAAUUAUGCCACAUUCACCUAAUUCUCCGGACCUAUCUCCUUGCGAUUUUUGGUUAUUUGACUUAAUCAAAGAUAAUCUGUCUGAUCAAAGUGAUUCACAAUCAUUAUAUGACGCGGUGGUCAAUUUCAUGUAUUCUUUGAGUAACGAAGAAUACAAGAAAACCUUUGAAAAAUGGAUGGAAAGAAUGCAAUUAUGUAUAGAUAAUCAAGGUGGUUAUUUCGAACAUUUGAUAAAAUAA